CAGUUUAUGUCGGACCGCGAACACCACCGCGCGGUGUAUAUAACGUGGCGUAAGACGCGUAUUUCGUUCAGUCACGAUGUCGGUCAUCAAGUGCAACGUCGCGUUUCUGAGCAUGGUGGCGGCCGUGAGCUGCGCUGCGAAUUACGGCGGCGCGUCCAUCAAGGCGGUUACCGACGACGUGAUGGUAGCCGGCGAAGGUCCGUUUUGGGAUUCCGAAAACAACGCAUUGUACUUUGUCGACAUAGUCAAGCACCGGGUGUACAGAUACCGCCGAAACCGUUUGGAUCACGCACAACUAGACGGAGACGUGGGAUUCGUGAUCCCUGUCACCGGAUACCGAGACCUGUUCGUAAUUGGACUGAACACCACGUUGGCUAGCCUCCGAUGGGAACUCAACAAGAAAACGUAUCAAGUCACCGGAUUGACCACCGUGGACAAAGACAAGCCUGGUAAUCGGUGGAACGACGCUAAGGCGGACGUCAACGGUAAUUUGUGGGCAGGUACCAUGGGGUUCAUGGACGCGGCGGGCAACGUACCGACUGGCCGUGGCACCCUGUACAAGUUGAACAGCACCAGAUGCUUCGAACAACUCGAACCCGUGAUACCAGCAGUGACCGUGUCCAACGGACUCGCGUGGAACAACAACGGCACCCGGAUGUAUUACAUCGACUCGCCGACCAAGCGAAUCGCGCUUUUCGACUACGACCCCGUCACCGCUUCAAUUUCGAACCACAGAACGUUGUACGAUUUCGAGACGGACGGCUUGCCCGGCGUGCCGGACGGAAUGACGAUAGAUGCCAACGGUGACCUUUGGAUCGCUAGUUACAACGGUGGUCAGGUGAUACACGUAAAUGGUAUGAGUGGGAAGUUGCUGGGCAAGUUGAAAAUCGCCGCGGAAAAAGUAUCGUCCGUCACUUUUGGUGGCCCUAGAUUAGAUAAGCUGUAUGUGACAACGAUCAGCCUUGGAGUUGCACGUGAGAAGUACAAAGACUACCCGAUGACCGGCAAGUUACUGGAAGUAUCUGGUCUUGGCGUCAAAGGAACGCUGAAUCGUCGAGUUCAGGCAAAAUGUUUUCGACCGUCGCUGCGGAUCGAAUGAGAAUCACUCCCACAGUAUUAACUAUAUUAUAUAGUUUAUAAAUAAUAACAUUACAUUUUAUUCAUUUGUUUUAUA